AUGGACGUCAAAGCUGAGAUCGUCGACACAUUUGCGGAGCCAGGUGACGAGUUCUUCUGGUUUCGUGUUGGCUCUAAGCGGCAGUUUUUCCAGGUCGAAAGAAGUCUGAUCGAGCCCGCUUCCCCUAUCAUAGCCAGUAAGAUUAAAGACCAGGUCAACAGUGCAGAAGAGAAUACAGCAGACCUCCCGGAUAUCGAACCAAGCACCUUUGAGGUAUUUCUCACCUUUGCACGAUCCAUGAAGUCAGACUACACCACUGGUAGAGCCUCCGAGAAUGAGUUACAGUUGAACCCUUCGCCAGAACUGGGUCAACUUAUUGUAUUGCUCCUUGACUCUGGCCAAACACAUUCAAAUUCAUGCGCCCUGGCUUAUGGUCUUCUUCACAAAGUCUCAACAUAUAACAUGAAGCUAGCACCUGGUGCGCCGGCGCUUUUGAGAACGAGUCCGGAGCAUAUCAAUGAAGACACCAAUUUCUUUAGAUUCGACGUCCCUAUCCUGGCUAAGGAGGUGGCCAGUACGCUGCGGUCUUCUGCAUCUGGUGUCAUUGUUAUGGUGUCGGACGUGCUGGAACUGGCUAAACUAUGUGUCCUUGGAGAUAGAUACGAAGUACCGCAACUCAAAAGAGUGGCCAUAUUUGCACUCUUCGAAGAGCUAGCAUGGUGCGAUCUUUGGAAAAGACCUCAAUAUGUGGUUCAGCUAGUUGAUUACAUCUAUGACAACACCGCUGACUCCGGUUUCAGCAGCCAGUACAACACGAAGCACAUCCUGCGGAGAAUGAUCUCGUGUUACGUGGCGUUUCAUGCUCGUGAGCUGCAAAGCUUUCCGGCAAUGGCAGCUGUGCUGUGCAGUGGACGAGAGGUUUCCUCCGACGUCUUCAUGGCCAGUACCAGAAUCAGCGCUGGUGGUGACAAGGAAUAG